CUGAGAGAAGGUCUGAUGUUCCUCGGCCACGUGUCUAUGAUGCUGCAACUUCCGAACGAAACGGAGAGAAUCUCGAGACCAUCCGAAAAUACAAACAAUAGACCAGAUUGGCGCCGUCGCAGAAGAUGGUUGAACGCCAGCCGUCGCAUGAGAGAGCGAAUUAGUAGAAGAGGCAAUACGUACAAUCAUGCCAGCCGUGGCAACUAUGUAGCUGUCCAGUCUAUGCCACCUCCGCCUCCCCCACCGAAUACACGUGCAAUCAGUAUGGCGGGGAACGCAUCCGUCACAACGGUUGGCUCAUCCUCAUCUUCAAUCCUUUAUUCUAGCUACUCUUCAACAAGCGACUCGACCAUUGCAGACGAGAAUCACACAAACCCAAGGACUGAGCCAGCUGAAAGCUCUCAGGCGGCAUCAGAUUGUCUUCCCCUGAGACUCAGUACCGAAACUAGGUUGCCCGGAAACUCGAACAACGAGGGGCUAGUCAACGAAAACAUCUUCGCCGAAAUUGCCUCCAUGGAGCACCCAGAGAGAGAAUAUGUCUCACACUGGGAUUCGACAGCACAGGUUGAUACCGUGAUGACAGGAGCUGUAGGAGCUGUAGUCGGGGACCACGGUGACGGGAUCUUUGACAUUAUCUGAUGAACUGAUGACUUGUUUUCCCAACUUGUGCUGGAAUAGUCUGAAUGCCGCGCAAGAAACAUCAAAUUAUUGUUUUGUCGGGGAGAAGAACGGAGGCGGUGAAUUCGGC